AGCUCUGUCCACUGGACUUCCCAUCAGUAGCUGGCGGUCAGUGGUACUGCGUCGUGAAGUUGGGUCCAUUUGUGACGUGGUGUGGCCAUCUAGGGGUGCAAUGGCUUUGAGAACCUUCUGCGCUUUUCGCCAUGCGAGCUCGAUCACGUCCGCCAUCUUCAGUGGUUCAGUUGCAACCCGUCUGAAAAGUUCAUGUCCGGUUCAAAUCAGCCGUUUGGACCAUCUUGUUCUGACGGUUCGGGAUUUAAAGAAAACCACCCAUUUCUACUCCUCCGUCCUGGGAAUGGAGGUAGUCAGUUUUAAGGGAAAUCGUAAAGCUUUGAGUUUUGGAAAUCAGAAAUUCAACUUGCAUGAAGUUGGGAAAGAGUUUGAGCCAAAAGCCCAGACCCCAACCCCCGGCUCAGCUGACCUCUGCCUCAUCACAGAGACUCCACUGGCAUCCGUGGCUGCUCAUCUGAAGGCCUGUGGCGUGAGUAUUGAGGAAGGACCGGUCGAGAGGACAGGAGCAGUGGGCCCCAUCACCUCCCUCUACUUCAGAGACCCUGACCACAACCUGAUAGAAGUCUCCAACUACGAGCAGUAGACCAGAGGGGGGCGCUGUUGGCUUUCUUAAUGUCAUCUGUGCUGCUGGACUCUGUACUGAUGGUUGAUUAAGACAGAAAGGUCAUUCCGGUCGUGUUAAAUAAACUUCUCCUCCAUGCUCAGCA